AUGGUGUUCACACAGACCAUAUCAUUUCCUGAUAAUAUACGAAAGUUUCCUCGUUCCCAUAUUCGUACGCUUCUAAUUGGUUUUGGGUAUGACCCAUACACUGAUGAUUACUUGGUAGUUGGUUUAUGGCUUGUUGGAAAGGGAACCCACAUGGACAUGUUGCUUUUCUCUUUGAGAACCAAUUCAGGGGAAAAAAUCCAGAUUUCCCUUACUCGCCAUAUGAAUUUCUACAAUCAUGAUGGAUUGUUCUUUAAUGGGGCUAUUCAUUGGUUGGUUUUCCCUGGAAUUGAACGACCAAUAAUUAUUGUCUUUGAUUUGAUUGAAAAACAACUAUCAGAGAUAUCUCUUCCAGAUAUUGGUGAUUUCAAGAACCAUUCGUUUGGAGAUUUGUUAAUCAUGGGUGGAUGUCUCAGUGUAUGGUAUUACCGUUGUGGUUUACAUAAAACUCAGGUGUGGUUGAUGAAAGAAUAUAAAGUGCAGUCAUCUUGGACUAUGUUUGAGAUUCCUGAUAGGAAAUUCUCCCACAUUUGGUCCGCCAAAGGUGGUGAACUUGUUGCAUUAAGUGAUGACAGUUUGAUGAAAUUUAAUGACAAAGGAGAGUUGUUGGAAAUUCUCAAAAUAUCUAAGCUUAUGAUUUUGUUGAAGCCAGCUUUCUAUACAGAGAGUCUACUGUCACUCCCCGGUGACUGGUGUGAAAACAUGGAAACACAACCAACAAAAACAGACAAGAAGAAUUAG